AGUUUCGUUUCCCGACACACGCAGUAUCGGCUUCUGCAACGUUUUACUUUAUUUUUUUGAAAAAAAGUACACAUUUCAAAAUUUCGGAAACAUUAAAAUUGUGGUGAUUAUACACAAAUCUAGCAGCAAGUAAGGUUUUUGCGAGGAAACACUCAGCGAAAUGGCUGUUGCUACUUCAUCCUGGCAAGAUUUCCAUCCGGAUGAUUCUGAUGACGAGUUUGAAAAGUCUGGAGAGGCUAGUUUUUCUGGAAAGACGGCCUUGUUGAUUUUAAUUGAUACUACACCGCACAUGUUUGCUGGGUGGGAGGAUAAUAAAGAAACCCCGUUUCUUGCAGCAAUCAAGUGUUGUGAAUCCAUUCUAAGGAGCAAGAUUAUCUCGAAUCCAGGCGAUCUUGUAAGCAUUGUCCUGAAUGGGACGGAACAAGCAAAGAACAGUGGAAACUUUCCCUCUAUUUAUGAACUGCAAGCGUUCAGUACUGUUAAAGUGGACAUGAUUAAACAGCUCAUUGAAAUGCGAGACUCGGAAGAUUAUAAUGAUUUUCCAAACAAGAUUGGUUCAAAUGACACGUACAGCUUGACGGAUUUAUUUUGGCAGGCCAAGAUGAAUUUUGACACGGCAAAAACGCAAUUGUUCUCAAAGAAAAUAAUGUACUUUACAUCGGAAGAUAAUCCUCACGGUUCAAGACCCAAUUUGCAAACUGAUGCCACGAGCAAGUUCAAAGAUUUGGGGACUGUAGAGUUGAACAUUGUAUCAUUCAAGGAAGAUUUCCAAUUUGACAAAUUCUACUCGAAACUUACGGACGACCAGUCAUCAGUAAUCCUUGCAAAAGAUUUGGAAAGCUUGCAAAAAAUUGUUCGAAUGAAGCAACGCUUGAAGCGGCCCAUAAGCCGAUCAACAUUGGAAGUUUUGCCAGGUGUGAACGUUGGAAUUGGAUUUUACUCCUUUGUUCGGAAAGCACUUCCCCCACGAGCCUUGAAUAUUAACAAGCGCACCAAUGAAGUUGUUGAACGGACCGUGAGCGUUGUUCGUACUGAUACAGGAAUACCUGUCCUGAAAUCUGAGGAACGAAAAAUGACCAAUGUCCAAGGCGAAACUGCAGUAUUCACUCCACAGGAAAUGAAAGAAAUCAAACAUACUCAGGAACCUGGUGUGAGGAUUCUUGGAUAUUACAGUGCCCGAGAUUUCGACAAUAUUAUCUGGUAUCGUUCGCCAGUCUACUUUUUGUACCCGGAUGAUGAUCGCAUUAUGGGAAGCAAAGAUUUGUUUUCCACAUUAUUGAAAAGAUGUCAUCUUCUCGAGAAAGUCGUUGUUGUUCGAUAUGUCCUUACAAGAGGAAAGAGUCCAAAACUUGGAGUAUUGAUUCCUUCCGUACCUGAUGAAACUACACCUUCUGUAUUCCCUCAAGGAUUUCAUCUCUUUCCAAUUCCUUUUUCCGACGAGGCCCGUAAACUCGAUGUUGAGCUUGGAGCAGAAGCGACACCAGAACUUGUUGAAAUUAUGGAAAAGAUCGUCAAGAAGCUGACUAAUAAAAAUUUCGACAUUUUGGAAGUGAAAAAUCCAGCCUUGCAACAAUUAUGGAGGAAACUUGAAGAGGAUGCUCUUGAUGAAAAAGUAGAGGACCCUGAAGAACUUUUUGACUAUACAGAACCAAAUGAAGUGUUGAUGCGGUCAAGACUCUCUGCCAAGCCAAAGGAUGGAGGGGAGUCACUGAUUGAUCAACUAGAACAAACGGCUGCAAAACUAAGUCGUUCUUUUGGCAAAGCAAAGUCUUCUGCUCCAAUUCAGAAGCGAAUUGAUAUUGAGAUGGAAGCUCGCCAUGGGCGGUUGAUGGGUUGCUCUUGUGCCCUACUUCGCGGAUUUCUGGAAGAACGUGGAGUUGAAAUACCCAAGAUAUGCGGAAAACGGAAUCUGAUUGACAUGGUUGGCAAAGCCACCGGCUAUCGAUCAUUCUUUAAUUAACUUUCUGUCCGUGAAAUUAUUUUUCCCGUCCCUCCUUACGUCACUUCACUGAGGACGAGUUUAUCAGCACUUGUAUUACUGCUAACUAUAGCUGCAUAUGUGAUGAAUUUAAUUAACGUAUAAUAAAUGCAUACCUUUAAAGCUUAA